GUUUGUUUGAUUAAAUCACCACAAGCCAAAAAGUUCUCUCUCUCGCUUACUGGGAAUUGCUCACAAGCUGUUUAAUUUGUUCCAAAAAGAAAAGCAAAACAAAAAAACCCAAACCCCGAGCCCAACAACCAACAGCACACACGGAAAAGCAGGUGUGUCUCCAGCUCUUGGGAAAACAAAGGGCAGAGGCUGAGGCAGGAGUUGACACUUGGAUGGGAAGUUUCCUUCCCAGAGCAGGAGGACAAGUUUGGAAAAGACUCGGACACGACCAGCACUUGUCCUACAGUGUGACAAUGAGUGGCAUUUACAGCUUGAAUCAGUUUACCUUGGAGAUGUGUGCCCUUUUGAGAUGGCCUGGUGUGUCCCACAUGGCCUUCAGCUGCUGCACGGUGGCUCUGGAGAUCCUGGGGCACAUCUGUCUACACCAUGAGAGUAACGCCCUCCACGAACUUCUUACGAGAAGUCUAGAUCUCCACAGAGACCAGUCUGUGGGGGAACAGGAGUUCUUUCCAUAGACCUGAAUUAAUCACUUUUAAAAAACAAAUCCCCCAGAACAUGAGUUUAAUUCCAGGCUUUUCCACAGAAAUUGCAUGAACUCAGUGACUGCCUCACACACACUGCUGUGGAAACAAAUUCCAUUGAUACACCAGCUAUGAUCGAAUACUGUAGGGACAAGGACCCCAUUGUUAUUUGGACAGACGUCUCCUGUUUGUACAGUGGGUUCCUGGCUCCAGAUUUUGUUCAAGGUUGAAAUGCACAUAACACAUCAGACUUUUCCCUGGUUUCUGGGAAUUUCCUGAUCUUCCCAACCUUCCGCAGUAGCCAUCAGAGCUAUAGGUUGGCAUCUUUACGUAGCUUCUCCAAGGGCAUCAAUGCAAAUCCCUAGUGCCUUGCAGGUCCAGUCCACAGCGAGCAUGCUGCCAGCUCAGGUUAGGAAAACUUCAGGGUUUCCCUCCCUUGUUAUUUAAAUCAAAGCCCACAAACAAUUUGCCAUAGCUACAAAAUAUGAUUUCACUCCUUUGAGUCCUCAACACCCUCUUUUGUUAGAACAAAGCAGGUGAGUAAUGGCAGCAGCGGAACAAGUUAGUCCACUUCAUAAAGUAAUCUGCAGAUAAGACCUGAAGGACUUAGAUCAGUGCAGGGGGAAAUAAUGAGUACUACCUGAUGAACGGUAUCAGGAAAUAUCUCCUCUCGAAAUGCCUUGUGGGUUUCCUGCAGUGGCAUCUCUGGUCAGCCUCGCACUUGUAAAUUGAGUGCAAGCUCUAGAGGCAACUUGUUUUCUGGGCAGUAAUAACAUGUUCAGCUAAUUAUAUGAGUUCCUGCAACUUGGCUUCCCUUUGAGAGAGCAGCCUGGGCUGUAGUAGAAAGCAGAGGACGUUUAAGAUGGAUCUAAUUAGAAGAUCUUUUUGAAUCACCUGUGAAGGUCAGUGUCCAGCUGAAGCCUCUCUGCAGAUGAAUCUUUCUGACAAGUCCCUGCUGGGUACCCGCAUCAGUGACAUCAAGUAUAUUGCUUGGCUAUAAGCUCAUUGCUGUCCUCUAUCCGUUCACGAGGCUGUACAGCAAAGUCAGUGGACAAAAUGCCAUCCCCGAUUACUGCAGGUCUCCACUGCCUGUUUCUACUGGUCACAGCAUGUUGCCAGACAUCACAGGACUCAAACUUUGAUCCAUUCAUCCAAUAUGUAAUUGACAGUGCACUAGGAAAGGAAAGCUUCCAGUCAGAGAUGCAAAGGCAGAAGCGAAACAUACUUACUUUUGACCUUCCCCCUCCGGAGUACACCGUUGACAUUGAAGUAAGCCUUAUGGAUUCAUCUUUUCUGGAGCCAAUCAAAGAGUAUUUCAAAAACCUUAAUCUUCCAUUUUCAACAAAUAUUUCAAAUGUAGAAAUGACAGUUUCAAGCAUCAACAUUACAACAGUCUGUCUGCCCAGUGGUGAGAACAAUAGCUGUUGUUCUUGUGAAAAUGGAUAUGCCUGGCCAAAUGCGGUGUGCAGUGACUUGAUAACCUGCCCUUCUGCCAGCCCAGCACCUGCCCUGCUCUGUGGCUACAUGAAGGAAAUGCCUUUCUACGGGCCUUACUGUGAGCCUCAGACUGAAGACUUAUGUGCUAUGGGAGACCCCAUUGUAAUGAAUAUGUCAGUCAGACUCGACACAGACUUUUCGGAUGAUCUCAGGAAUUCUUCUUCUGAACAAUACAAAAAAUACAAAGCUGACCUUGAAAAAGCGUUUAAUGAUAGCUACAAGUGUUUACCAGGCUUUGUAUCGGCAACAGUAACUGGUUUCAGGCCUGGAAGCGUUUUUGUGAACUAUGAAGUAAAAGCAGGAGCAGCAAGCUUCGAUCAGAUAGCAAGUGCCAACAAAAUGGUACCACAAUUUCUACCUGCAGUGUACCAGCUAAACCCAGCUACCUUCACAACAGAAAUAACUAAUCAGACAAACUUCACCAUGAGUCCUGUAGACAUUUUUGAAGGGGAUACAGUAAAACUGAUUUGCGAGAUAAAUUCAACAUCUGACAAUGUGACCUGGUAUCACUUCGAUCAGAUCAUCUCAGCAAGCUUCCGGUAUUCAGUUGAGAGAAAAAUUACAAGAACCAUUUCAAGGACGAUUUCGAUUCUUAAAAUUAUCAACAUUACGAAGGAGGAUUAUGGUUCCUAUAGUUGCACUUUCACAAAGAGCGAUUCGUCUCACAGACUGAUAUACAAGGCCACAAAACCAGUAAAAGUCUUUCCGUUACACAUCACUCCGAACUUAAAUGACAUCGAUGUUACAUGCAACAGUCCUGAAAUGCAGACAAACAGUCCUCUGCUGUCCUGUUGUAUUGACAGACACUUACCAUCACUUACUGGUGACUGGAAAGUAAAUGGAGCAAUCAAUAUUACAGGAGUCUCCAGUCUCAGUGCAAACUGCACUGAAUACAAGCUCAACAUCAAUGAAUCACUAUGCCCACCUGCGAAGUCAGGUACAGUGACAACAUAUACAUGUGAGCUAGAGACUGGACACGGUGCCAGGCACAGUCAAGACAUCAGAGUGACAUACCUCCGGACAGCCCAUGUAACAAUAUCUUCAAGCACAAACUCAUCAGUUUCCGAGGGAUAUGCAUUCAAUCUAACGUGUGAAAGUGAUGUGAGCAAUUAUGACAGCAUCAGUUGGAAAAUCCAGUCUGGAAAUAGCACAAGAAGAGUAGACUGUGAUACAUGCAUCAAAAAUAGCAGAUUUCCAGCCAUGUCUGUGCUCACAGUGAAGACUGCCACACAGGACUGGAGCGGCACCUUCAUCUGCACAUUCUCCCAGAAGCAUCUGGAGAGUUCUGCCAACGUGACAAUCGAGGUUAUUUCCUUGCCUCUGAAGCAGAACAUCCUGAUAAACCCUAUUGCAGCAUCUAUACUGUGCAAAGUGCAACAAGCCCUUGAGUGCUGCAUAAAUGCUAGCACCAUGGAAGAUUACAAGGUCACAUUCGUGGUUCCAGGAAAUGCAGUUCAAGUUGGGAAAAAGAAAACAGGAAAUUUGUUUUGCUACAUGUACAAUUACACAGAAACAGAAUGCAACACACAGAAAGAGAUCACGGCAUAUUGCAAGUUUAUUAACCGCAUUGGACAGGAAGUCAACAGUGAAAGAAUAAGACUGAACUUGAUACCUGAUAAGGAAGUUUCCUGCUCAGACAGCAUUGGCAUUGGAAGAGAAGAGGACACAUUAGUAAAACGAUGCCAGGAGUUAAAUAAUCCAGAUUAUUUUACCCGAGGCAACAAAACUUACAAGUGCUCCAACAAAUCAUGGAAGGUUGAAAGGAAUGACUGCCUGUCUGUACCAAUAAGCAACCUCCUGACUAAUGCCGAGUCCUUGGUCAACAGUCCUGACGCAAAAGCAACCCUACCUAACUACCUUGCAGAGCUUAAGGAAAAGACAGAAAAGGAGCAAAACACAAUAAACAGUUCUCCUGCAAACCUAGGUGCAAUCAUUACUAUCCUGGGUAUGAUCUCCUCUAUCCCAGCAGAUGCAGAGAAGCUCACUAUUCAAAAUUUCCUCUCCACAGUGGACUUCAUUGUUGCUGAUUCCACAGCUAAAGCUUGGGAAGACCUGAAUAAAGACAAGAUAAUCAAAAGUUCUUUGUUACUGCAUUCGGUAGAAAAUUUUUCCCUGCGCCUCCAACCAGUUAAUAAUACCAUUCCUCUUGUCUUUGCAAACACCCUUCAGCUACAAGGUAUAGUUGUCACAGAAAAUAGCAUGGAUUAUAAGAAAAACUUCAGCAGUACAGAAAACCUCACCGUUAAUGUGCUCAUUGGUGAAGCUGAAAUUCGUACUCUAACACAAAAUUCAACGGUCGUCAGUGUGAUGUACUCAAAACUUGGACAAAUUUUGCCCCAGAAUGAGUCUGACUAUGUGAACGGCUUACUGAUAACAACAACUGUGAGCAGCAACAGAAGCGAGAAGUUCAAUAUUAAUAUGACCUUUGCAAAGAAAAACUUAUCUCUAAAGAUGCCCCAGUGUGUCUUUUGGAACUUCACACUCAACGUACAUGGGGGUGGCUGGGAUACUCGUGGUUGCAGACCUACAGAGGUAGAUGAACAUGUCAUUUGCUCCUGCAAUCACUUGACAUCAUUCUCCAUUCUGAUGUCACCUGAUAAAUCCUCCCAGGUAAUCUUUGAAGAUUAUAUUACCUACAUUGGCCUGGCCAUUUCAAUCUUGAGUUUGGUGGUCUGCAUUAUAAUUGAAUCCUUAGUCUGGAAAUAUGUGACAAACAACACAACCUCCUAUAUGCGCCAUGUCUGUAUACUCAACAUAGCUAUAUCACUCCUGAUUGCUGACAUUUGGUUCAUUGUCACUGCCUCCAUCAAUGACCAAAACCAACAGAUAAGCAGAGGUAUCUGUUUUGUUGCCACCUUCUUCAUCCAUUUAUUCUACCUGUGCGUCUUCUUCUGGAUGCUCAGCCUGGGCCUCAUUCUUUUCUACAGACUGGUGUUCAUCUUACAUAACACAAGCAAGACCACUCAGAAAGCAGUGGCAUUCUGUCUGGGAUAUGGGUGCCCCUUUGUCAUUGCAGCCAUCACCAUUGCUGUCACACUGCCAAGGAACAAUUACACCAGAAAGGAUGUCUGCUGGCUCAACUGGAAGGACAGCAAAGCUCUCUUGGCAUUCGUCAUACCUGCCCUGAUAAUUGUGGCCAUGAAUUUAUUCAUCACUGCAAUUGUUAUAAUAAAAAUACUGAGGCCAACUAUUGGGGAUAGGUCAAACAGGCAGGAAAGGAACUCUUUGUUUCAAAUUGGCAAAAGUGUGGCCAUCUUGACACCACUGUUAGGCCUCACCUGGGGAUUUGGCCUUGCCACUGUCAUCAAAAACAGCCAUCGAGCUUUCCACAUCCUAUUUGCUCUGCUCAAUGCUUUGCAGGGAUUAUUCAUUUUGGUGUUUGGGACUCUCUGGGACAAGAAGAUACAAGAAGCCCUGCUGAAGAGGAAUUCAACGUCCAAAUGGAGUUCACAGCAAACAAAGUCAACCUCCCUGAUCCUGGUGACGCCAAUGCUUGCAAUGAGCUAUCCAUUUUCAAGAACCUUUAACAACUUAUGUGGGAAAACAGGAAAAUACAGAGUAUCUUCUUCAGAGCCAUCCAGCUCUUCCUCCGAAAACACUUCCAAGUCAUAUUCUUUGCUUAACUGAGGCACUGCAAAUGCUAAAUCAUGUAACUCUGAAAGGACCUCUGCCCUUUCCAAGACACACAUAAAAAGCACCUGUGAGUCAUCAAGAAGUGGACUGCUUCACUUUGACUAAACUGUGCCUUGGUGCAUUCUUCUGGAAUAAUCAUUUCUGGCUAAUGUGUAAGGCAGGGAAGCUUUGAGAGAUGGAAUUUUACAGGGGCUGCCAGUCCUGGAAGAGAUGACAAGAUGUUUCAAACUUGGAAGGAUUUGAAGGCCUUCAAGUGAUAGAAAAGACAUUGGGAAUGAAGAAUUCUCAGCCUUUAAGAGGGUGCUUAGCACUAUGCAGUACUGAGCCAUGAAUUGCAGUGCUACAUACAGCUGUUGUCCAGUGGUUUUAGCAUUUCCCCUAUCAACUCUGAAUGAUUCCAAAGGCCUGUGUAGAUACACAAGUACCUCAUAGCUUCUCGCCUGCCCUCGUAUUAGAGUCUGGAAAGGCCAUAGAGUAUAGUGCUCUCCACUUUCUAUUUAAGACUUUCUGGAACAAAGAUUCACAACUGAGAAGGUCCAUUUCAGAUCUUCACUUUGGCUUAGAUAAAAUGAAGACUGUGAUGAUUCCUGCGUGGUCUUCUUUCAGAUGGAAUGUACUGAAAGCUCCAUGUGGCAUUUUUUUUUAAGGAAGCUUUAUAUCCUUAACUAUAAUUCUCCUUCCCUUGAUAUGUAAUGUGAUAAGACAGAGAUGACUGUUGCCAUCUACCACAGAGGGGAAUGCAUUUAUUUAAUGCAUAGUAAUGUUAAGUAUGCAAGGAGUCUCUUGUGUAAAGUCUGUAUAUUUGGGUCUCCUCUCAGAGGAGAAUCACACUUGGAGGGCUCAGAGAGUCAACUCUGCAGUGAAUAUAAACCACCAUGUGCCAGGCAGGAUGAAAGGUUUUGUGUAAAUUAUUGCUCUAAUACUACAUUUGUGGAAUCAGUUCUUUCCAAGUCUGUAUACCUUUAAAGGCAGGACUCCUGUCUUAAGCAGAGGGCUACAAGAGAGCCUGCAAAGUAUUUAUAGCACACACGAAUGUUAUGAAAUAAUGUAAAAUAUGAUAGAUGGAAUCAUAAAGAUUUAGAUUUGAGGCCAAUAUCAAAUACUGCUGUCAGGUGGUACAGCCCCAUUUGGUUGUAGGAGAAUCAGGCCUAUGUUUACCAGUGGUGAACCUGUUCCCAGGACUUUGGGAUGAACCAGGAUGGGAAACUGUUGCCUACAGUUACAGACAUGUGUGAUGGCUUGGUAUGGGCAGGUGGUGAUGAUUAAAGACAAUAAACAAG